GGGGGACACCGAGAAGACGAGCGCCUUUAUCUUCCCUCUCCGCCCCAUGUCCAUCUUUGAAAAAAUCUCAUAACAAACACCGAAAUGACCCAGAAUCCGCGCUCGCGCCAGACGGUGCCACAUGUCAACGGCUUUACGAAGACGGCAACGCCAUCGGAUAAGGCCCCGGCGUCCCCCACAUGGCCUGACCUAUACUAUGUCUUGCGACACAAGAUGAAUGCCUUCUUAAAGAAGCGGGAGGAUAGUGAGGUCAUUCAAAUUACGCAGAGCCAUGUUCGUGCCGCGAUCGGGGCUAUGGAGACGGCGAUUCGACGGUAUAGACCUGAAGAGAUAUCCCUGUCGUAUAAUGGCGGAAAGGAUUGUCUCGCUUUGCUUGUAUUGAUAUUGGCCUCCUUGCCUGCGUCGAGUUAGUCAUCGCCUACAUCUAGAAGCCCCUUCGCGGGGUGCGGAUCACUCCAAGGCGACCUCAACUUAUCAUCCGCUCUAAUCAAUUUACAUCGCCUCAUCUGAACCCUUCACUGAGGUUGAGCACUUCGCCAUAACUUCAGCAGUACACUCUCCACUCGAACUAGCUGGACGCAGCAUGAAAGACGUUUCAGCCGGCAUAUGAGUUGGCACGCGACGACGAAGAGCGCUUAGGACGAGAUCGAUAGACGGCUCUGCACAUGGCGAUCCCCUAAGCGUCCAGUUCAGGUUUCAGGGUGAGUAGGAGUUAUUAUGUUCUUUGUUUGUAUGAGCAACAUGCAAUCUUCUAGAGCAUAGAUUAUCGUAACAUGGUGGGUGCCCGGGAUAUUGUGGCCAAUUUUCUCUUGAUUGGAACUGCUGCCGUAUAAGCAGUUUCUUUUGGCAGAAUGAUUAGACGCUUUUAUAAGAUUGAC